ACUACAUCAGCAAAACACGCCAGCAAACCACGUCAGCAGGCCACGUCAGCAGGACACGUCAGCAGGCCACGUCAGCAGACUACGUCAGCAAGACACGCCAGCAGACCAUGUCAGCAGGCCACGUCAGCAGGACACGUCAGCAGGACACGUCAGCAGGCCACGUCAGCCGACAGAGCAGGAAAUACCAUGUCAGCAGGCCCCCGGCCUGGUCUAUGCUGUUGCGGUCACAUACAGCCGUCGUGGACCAGAGGUUCGGAGAAGCAGACGAGGCCUAUCAGGCCCGGAUGUUGGCUUGGAGUACCGAAACAAAGAAACGGGCAGAUGACGCAGCAGCAGCGAAGAAGAAGGCAGAGGACGCCGAGCAGGUACGUCUGCUGGCACUUGAACAACAGCGCCAGCAUGACGAGGCAGCAGCAAGGGCUGCCGAUGAAGAAAGAAACCAACGUCUUAAGAAGAUAUUUAGCGGAGAGCAGACUUUGCUCACAAUGGCAGCGGAAUGGCGGACCGAGGCCGAGAAUGGCAAGAUGGGGGAUAGCGAAAACAAGAUCGCUCUCCUCCUCUCCCAUCUCACAGACCUCCUGGCAACCUGUAUUACACAGCAGGAGGAUAUCCACAGCCUCGACGACUCGCUAGCUCAAGUACAAGGCCGCCUCCAGCAGCUGGAACAGCGACCCGUCGCCGCCCCCGAUGCAAGCUUUUCCAAUACCCCCGAUCGCCUCAAAGCAUUGGAGAUGGACGUCGGCUCCCUCAAGGACGGCGUGCAGUUACAGCAGACCGCAACGCAACAGUUGCAACAGCGGAUUUGUACUACCGCCAACACCUCAAGUUCGGAACCGCGUGAGACAGCUCCAAAGUUUGACGGGCAAGAGAUCUUCUGCGACUCGGCAAAGACAAAUCUGAUUCCAUGGUUCCGCAAGUUCGAGCUCAUGCUGCAGCUACACAACGUCAAAGAACACAAGCACCACGCAUACUUGUACUCUCGCUCAGGGGGCGCGUGCCAGGCUUGGUUGGACAAUCUCUUGUCCAAGUACGGAGUGGUAGCUAACGACUUGCACACCAAGAUCAGCUGGGAUGAUUUGAAGGCGGCGUGGCACAAGCGGUUCCAAGUCGAGCCGCCGAAGAUCAAGGCUAUGGACAAGCUCAUGGUCUUCGAACAAGGCACGCUGCCGAGUACCAACUGGAUCGCCGAGUACCAACGCUUGACGUCAGUCCCAGACAUCCAAAUGGGUUUCAAAGCCAUCCGCCACUAUUUCAUUUCAAGGUCAUGUCCAGCAUUAAGCAAUGCCCUGACUCACGUCGAGGACACCUUGACGACAACGACGGAACUCUUUGACAAGGCCGCGCAGAUCAUCAUUACGAACAAGGAGGCUAAGAACCUGCGUUCGUCUGCGGCAGGCCCGAGCAGAGACCAGCAUCGACCAAGAGUGGUCGUGGUCGCGGCAGCAACGCCGUUUGACCAAACCAGUGAGGCCAUGUCUGCCAACGAAGGAGACGGACUCGCAGCCACCCGGGAAGGUGGCCGCCCCGGCAGAGGCCGAGGACGCGGCAAGACGAAGACACACACCGCAUCUAGCCCCGGGCCCGGAGCAGCAGCUCCAGCCCCUUGGUCCCAAUAUGGCAUCUCCGAGCAAGCAUUCAAGGCUCGCACGAGAUUCCACUAUUGCCUCUGGCAAGGGCAAACAGGGAAACCGAGCACCGCCGAGAGUGACUUGACAACACUCUCGACGCCUCCGGAACCGGUUUUUUCACGAGUAACCGGCCUUCAUUCCGAGGCGCACACGGAAGUCGAUAGUCCUCCUCUUACUUAUUCUUUUGAGGACUAUGCUGCCCGACUCGUUCCUACGCUGGGUACUCAAGCUCAAGGACAAGACGUGUGUGCGUUUUUUUCUCCGUCCGGCAGCGGCGACAUAUCGUCUUCAAGUGGUUCUUCACCGGAAUCGACGAGCGAGUUCAACAUAGAGGUAUUGGACCCGCUCACGUCCGAGGACUUUGCAUGGCUUCCUCUCACGACCACAGGCAUCUUGCCGGGACCGCAAUGCGCAGCACUAUGCGCUCAUCUCCACACUUACUUAUCCUUCUAUGCAUCACCAACUUCGCCGACGGAUGGCGAAGUCGCGGUGGGGGACAUCCUUGCGUAUACUACCAAGGUGGCCCGCGAGUUUCGCAGGCAGCGGUACGAUGACAACAACGCACCGCUCAUGUAUGUGCGCAUCCAGGUUGGGCAAGCGUCCUGCAGCGCUUUGCUGGAUAGCGGCGCGUCUCGCAAUUUCAUGAGCCAAUCAUUUAUGCAAAGGGCUGGCCUUCACGCACAAGUUCGGAGGAAGGCAAACCCGACGGUGAUCAAGUUGGCGGAUGGGAAAACGCAGCAACUUCUCGACCGAUACAUCGAGGCCGUACCGGUUUAUUUCGCACCUCAUGCAUGCGAACCGGUGACGUUCGAUAUUCUCGACACGGACUUCAACAUCAUUCUGGGAAUGCCUUGGCUUGCAAGUGCGGAUCACACGGUCAACUUCCACCGGCGGACUCUUAGCGUUCGCUUCGGCGCCGAAGUGGCGUGUACUAUUCCUCAACUGCACCCUUCGAUUCGGUGCCAAGUGGUGACGACCAAAUCAUUCCGGGUGACUUGCGCUUACGAGCAGCCCGAGGAGAUCGGCCUAUGUUUCCUACGGACCGUCGCGGUAGCCGACGCUUCGCCCACGGACUUGUCUUUGAACCCCCCGGUGGUGCGGUUGCUGGACGAGUUCGCCGAAAUCUUCGGGUCACCUACCUGUGUGGUGCCGGAUCGGCCGAUUUCUCAUGAGAUCAUUCUUGAGGCCGGUGCCGUGCCGCCGAAAGGUUGCAUCUAUCGGAUGAGCGGGGAGGAGCUUGAGGUCCUCCGCUCACAACUCAACGACUUGUUGGCCAAGGGCUGGAUCCGCCCGAGUAGCUCCCCAUAUGGAGCACCAGUUCUCUUCGUCAGGAAGAAGAACAAAGAUCUAUGAUUGUGUAUCGACUACCGCAAGCUCAACUCG